AUGGCCCCUGCUCCGGCGGGGCGCUGGCGAGCAAGGGCCGCGGCGGUGCCCUACCCUGCCCCCCCGUGGCCGCCGCUCGCAGGGACGCAGCUCGUUGCGGCCGCAGCUCACGCGCGCCAUGGCCGCCGCUCGCAGGGGACGCAGCUCGCGCGCGCCGUGGCCGCGCCGCCCGAAGCAGCAGUAGGUGGGAGGGGCCGCCGUGCCUCGCUCGCCCCGCCGCACCGCGGGCACGCCGCCGCGCCUCGCGCACCCCGCGGCCACGUUGCCGUGCCUCAGUCGCCCUAUCGCGCCGCGGGCACGCCGCCGGGCCGCGCGCCCCGCCGCCCCGCGGGCACGCCGCCGCCUAGCCAUGGAAAUCACGCCGCCGCUCGCCGCUGGAGCCGGCCAUGGAUGCGCGCGAGAAGGUGGCUGGCAUGCGGCGGCGCAGGGGAGGGAGGGAGGCAGAGCAAAGGCAGGAGGGCGCGGAGUGCCGGGAGCUCGACCGCCCGCCGCCGCAUCCCCGCGCCCCGCGAGCGCAUGCCCGCCGCCGAUCUCCAGUGGGCGGCACCCCCGAGCUCCAGGUCCGGCCCGCCGAGGCCGACGCCGCCAGCCCAAGGCCGCGCAGCGCGGAGCUCCCCGCCCGCGGUCCGCAGUGACGCUCGCCCGCCCAAGGCCGCCGCGGCCCCGGGCCGAGCAACCCCGCCGCCGGGGGCAGGGGCCGGGACGGCGCCUCCGCCAUGGCGCGCGGGCUCCUGCUCGCCGUGGCCAUUCCGCCCGCCCCUCCAUGGUCUUCGCUGCCGCGCGCUGACCUCUACGUGA